AUGUCAAUUAUUCUUGAAAAUACCAUAAAUCGUCUUAUUUCUUCUUCACCAAACACCACAAAUUUCACCAUAUUUUGUCCUACUGAAAGAGCUUUUCUAAACAUAUUUCCAAAAUAUCAAGACCCUCCUUAUAGAUUAAUUCAAUAUCAUGUUGUCCCUUUGAAAUUAAAUAAAAAUAUUCUCGAAACUUAUUAUCCUAGAAGGUCCAAGCUAAAAACCCUACUCCCUGACCACAAUAUUAUUACUACUACGUUGCCUUAUUUCGAAAUAGUUUCUAUUAACAACGUUGAUAUCGCCGAAUGGGACGUAUACAAUGAUGGACGUGUGAUUGUGCAUGGAGUUGAUGAAUUUUUCGAUCCAGCAUUAGAGAUAUUAUUUUAUCCUAAUAAUCGCGACGUUGAUAGUUCUUCAGGCAUGGAGAAGAAAAUUGAAGAGAUGAGAUAUGGUUUUACGUUUGGAGAUUAUGUUGAUUAUUGGAUUAAAAAUCCUCAAUUGAUGGUUCAACUAAUUUGGCUAAUUUUGGAAGUGGGAUGUCUAAUUAUAGGUCUUUGUUAUAUCGUGCAUUGUUGUGUUUUGCAGGCUGAAGAUUAUAUGGAUGAUAAUAACGAGGAUGAUACAUAUGUUGUGCUCGAGGAAGAUGAGAUCAAAGUUGCAUUACUUGCUUAGGCUUACUUUAAUUAGAUUAGAUUAAGUUUUGUAACGUUCUCUUUUAGACCAUUUUUUUGUUUGUUUGUAUGUUGAGUUGAAUUAUU